GAGAGAGAUUUUAGACUGUUACGUGUGCUCUAAGCGAAAACCAAGUAAGCCCAACCCUUCUCUCUCUCUAAAACCUUCUCGCAGUGCUAGAUUCUCUCAAGCUAACGCUAAGAAGUUACUGCCCAAAACCCAGUUCAUAAUUGUUAUCAGAUAUCUCUUCAGUUUUUUUUAGAGAGAGAAGGGGCAGAGUGCUGGUUGGGUCAUGGAUGAAUUUAGCGUUGGGGGUUGAGGUGAUGGAGUGAUGGAUGUUUAGGGUUUUUGAUGGGAGAGUUUUUCUUAUGAAAAAAAGCGGAAGGAGCCUAGAAACAAUGCGAAAGUCUUUCAAGGAUUCUCUUAAGGCACUUGAAGCUGAUAUUCAGUUUGCCAAUACUCUGGCUUCUAGUUAUCGAAGGGAAUAUGAUGGUGGCUGCCUCCAAAUGAGGUUAUCCUACAGUCCAGCUGCUCAAUUCUUUCAGUUUCUUAUUCAGUGGACCGAUUGUCACCUUGCUGGAGCCUUGGGAUUGCUUAGAAUUCUUAUAUACAAGGCGUACGAGGAUGGGAAGACCAUGUCUAUUCAUGAAAGAAAGGCUAGUCUAAAGGAGUUCUACAGUGUGAUAUUUCCUUCAUUGUUGCAACUUCAAAGAGGAUUGACUGAGGUAGAAGAUAGAAAACAGAAAGAAAUUUUUUCUACCAAGUACAAGAGAAAAGAUGAGAUGGACAAAGGAAAGCUCUCUGAAAUUGAUUCCGAGCGAGAAGAAGAAUGUGGAAUUUGCAUGGAGAUGAACAGCAAGGUUGUAUUGCCCAAUUGCAGUCAUUCUAUGUGUAUGAAGUGCUACCGGGACUGGCGUAUGCGGUCGCAGUCGUGCCCCUUCUGCCGGGACAGCCUCAAAAGAGUCAACUCAUGUGACCUUUGGAUCUACACCAGCAACAAUGAGAUUGUUGACCUGUCUGCAAUCUCUAGGCAGAACUUGAAGAGACUUUUUAUGUACGUUGAUAAGCUGCCUCUCAUUGUUCCAAAUCCUGCAUUUGUUUCCUAUGACCCUCAUCGAUGAGGGGGGUUUAUAUGCACAUGUUUAUGUUGUUCGUAUUAGCACUAAGGGCAAUUUACUCGGGCUGGAAAUUCUAUCUGUAGGUGAUUGAUUGUAGAUAAUUCCCAUUACAAUUCUUUCCUUCUUUCCAGUUGAUAUUGGAAAAUGUAUAUAGUGUUCAUUGCUUUGACACUUUUCUCAUUUGCAAUUAAUUAAUUACAUUCCUA